CGACUAGGCGCUUCUUGCCUUUUGUUUCUCAGUAAAAGCGAGGGAGCGCGCGCCGGAGUGUAAUUGUGUUGCGUGGUUUGGUUGAUCGAAGUAAAGAAAAAAAAAAAGAAGAGGAUACACAAAUCUGAAAAAAAAAACCCGUACUCGUUUCCCUAUCAACAGAUAACUCAUUAUUUUUCUUCAUAUUGAACGACGCUUUUAAAGCGCCACACAACGAUUCUAAACUGGCUGGAACAAUGGGAAAGAAGCAAAACAAGAAGAAGGUGGAAGAGGUCCUAGAGGAAGAAGAGGAAGAGUAUGUCGUGGAGAAAGUCUUGGACCGACGGGUAGUUAAAGGGAAAGUUGAAUAUCUCCUAAAGUGGAAGGGCUUUUCAGAUGAAGAUAAUACAUGGGAGCCAGAAGAGAACCUCGAUUGUCCAGACCUAAUUGCGGAGUUUCUUCAAUCACAGAAGACUGCCCAUGAAGUUGAUAAGACAGAGGCCACCAAGCGAAAAGCUAGUGUUGAAGAGGCGGAGCCUGCCGGGGAGGAGAGUAAGCCCAAAAAAAAGAAAGAAGAGCCUGAGAAACCUCGUGGUUUUGCUAGAGGCCUAGAACCAGAAAGAAUAAUUGGAGCUACAGAUUCCAGUGGAGAACUUAUGUUUUUGAUGAAAUGGAAAAAUUCAGAUGAAGCAGAUCUUGUUCCUGCAAAAGAAGCUAAUGUCAAGUGCCCACAGGUGGUCAUUUCAUUUUACGAGGAAAGGCUAACAUGGCACUCCUAUCCCUCAGAAGAGGAGGAAAAGAAAGAUGAUAAAAAUUAAUGUACUGGAAUAUAUAUGGUGUUACUCCUUGCUGCGAAACCGGACAGUGGCUGGCCUUUAUUUUGUUUCUUUUAAACAAGAAUUGGAGGAGAAUGGUUCAGUUGUACAAAAUGUAUAGGCACUAGCUUGACAAAAAAUAGCAGUAUCCCUUUUCUGUUGAGCUGUUUAAUGAACAUGGUUAGUUACACCAUCAAGCUGGCUUUUUCUUAUCCCCACUUGCUUAGCGAGUGUUUUUUAUGGGGAUGGAAGGGGAGGCUCCUUCAUUAUGUUCAUCAUAUCAGUAGGACUGUUGGCCACGUUGUACAGUUCAGUAGUAAAGGAAGAGUGUACUUGGUUUGUUACUUGGGAGAGACAUGUUCUGUGUUCAUUAACCAAAGCAUCAGUAAACCCUCUAUGCAGGUCAAGCAAUGGGCGGUAGACAUGAUUUACACCAGAUUUUCUUUUUUAAUACUGUGAUAUAUUGUGCGCGUGUGUAUAUAUUUUUUUAAAGCAGAAUUUUGCUUCUAAGGGCCAUUAAAGCUGUGAAUCAUGUGAACACUGAGAAUCUAGAAGUGAUCUAAUGAAAAGAAAAAGGCAAAACUUGGUAUGGGAAGUAUAAAAAAACUACUGCUCAUAAGAUACAGUAUGUUUAGAGGCCUUGUAACCCUGGCCUUGUAAAUGGUGUAAAAGUUCUCUGGCUUUACUGUUGUCAUUUCAUCAUGAAUGUGCCAUGUUGGCUGAUUUGUUGCAUUUUAAACAGCUUGUGGAUACUAUGGAGACGGCUGGGUAUUCCAGGAGAGUGCAACUAAGUGGAGGGCAUUUGAAGUUCUUUUAAACUCUUAAUGUGCAUGUUAACCUCGAGCUUGCCUCCCCACCCAGAUUCUCUGUAUAUUCUAGAGGCCAGUUAGUGUUGUAACAUGCUUUGACUAACCCAGAAUUACAUUGUUUGGAUGAGGUGUAGCAUCUGAUUAGUAUUUUGGGGGGGGGGGGGGGCUGGUGGUCUGUGCAGCUGUCACAUAAGUAAUUCUUUGGGACCGGUAUGCACAGAACAGUAUGAUGGCAGUUCAGAAGUGAUAAAGGACAUGCACAGUGUCAGAAUCGGCACCCAAACCCCCCCCCCACACACACACACCAUAUAGUACAGAGCCUGUCAAGCUUGGUACAUGUGACUUAAGACAUGUUCUUGGUAGAGCAGUAUUAGCAGAAACUGGAUACGUUAUUUUUUGUCUUGCAUCAUAUUUUACAUAGUAGUGUUGUUACCCAUUAAUGAGUUCCCCUCUACACUUGGAUUAUUUCACUUUCUUGAAGACUGAAAUGACAAAUGGAAGCUUUUGUAUAGUUUUUAUUAAAUAAAAAUGUUGGUUUGCUGAAA